AUGCUUCGGUCACAUAGAAAGAUAACUGAGGUGCAAGCAUAUGAGGUUGAUUUGGCUAAUGACUCUGGAUUAAGGCAGAAGUCAACAUUUCAACUUUUGAGCACACAAGCAGGGCACAGAGCUAAUGUUGGAUUUACAGAGGUGGAUGUAAGAAACUACAUCACUGCACGAAGAAAAAGAAGUAUGGCAUAUGGUGAGAUUGGAUGUCUUUCAAAAUAUUUUCAACGACAAUUGUUGGAGAAUCCAUCCUUCUUUCAUGCAUAUCAGAUGGAUGUAGAAGAACAUAUUACAAAUGUGUUUUGGUGUGAUGCACAGAUGAUUUUGGAUUACGGGUAUUUUGGCGAUGUUGUUUCUUUGGACACCACAUACUGUACCAACUAUGCCAAUAGACCACUUGCUUUUUUUUCUGGUUUCAACCAUUAUAGAGGUUCAGUCAUAUUUGGGGCGGCACUAAUGUAUGAUGAGACAAGUGAGUCAUUUAGAUGGUUGUUUGAUACAUUCUUACAGGCACACAACAACAAAAAACCAAAGAUGAUCUUCACUGACCAAGAUCAAGCAAUGGCAAGGGCAGUUGCAGAUGUGAUGCCCGAGACUCAUCAUGGUUUAUGCACAUGGCAUUUGUUACAAAAUGGAGUUAAACAUCUUGGGAACAUGAUGAAGGGAGGAUCUUCUUUGCUUAGUGAUAUCAAAAAAUGCAUGUAUGAUAUUGACAUUGAAGCAGAUUUUGAGAAACUUUGGUUUGACAUGAUCCACAAAUUUAAUAUUCAUGACAAAUCUUGGAUCAUUUCAACUUAUGAGCUUAAAAAAAAAUGGGCUUCAUGUUAUAUGAAGGGAGUGUUAACACUUGGUAUGCGAAGUACACAAGUUAGUGAAAGUUUGAAUGCUCACUUCAAGUCUUGUAUGAAACCGAAUGUGAAUAUCCUAGAAUUCUUCAACCAUUUUGAAAUAGUUGUUGAGGAGAAGAGAGCAAAAGAAUUGAGUUGUGUGUAUGAAUCCUCCCAUAAGCUUGCAAGACAUGAAUCUGACUCUCUUUGUGAAUAUGUCAUCACAAAGGCAAAACAUGAAGGAUCUUGGAGAGUUUCAUUUAACCGUGUUUCAAAUUCCAUCACUUGUGGACAAGAGAAGCCCGUUAUGGCGUUGUGCAAGAUUUUAAGGGAAAGGAGGUUGAAGGAGAUCCUAACUUGUCUAGAAAUCGAAUGUUCAGACAAGUUGUCUCUAAGUUCAUUAAAGCGGCAACUGAAGCAUCACCUAAGGAAGAAUGGCUCAAGUUUCUUGAUAAUGGUGUAG